CGGCGGGCCUAGGGGAAGCAUGGCGGCCUCUUCGUUGGGGGAGAAGGAGAAAGAGCGGCCGGCCGGCGGCUCGGGGGCGGCGUGCGGGAACAGCACGCGCGAGCGGCUGCUGUCUGCGCUGGAGGACCUGGAGGUCUUGUCGAGGGAACUCAUAGAAAUGCUGGCAAUUUCAAGAAACCAAAAGUUGUUACAGGCUGGAGAGGAAAACCAGGUGCUAGAGUUGUUAAUUCACAGAGAUGGGGAAUUUCAAGAACUAAUGAAACUGGCAUUUAAUCAGGGAAAAAUCCAUCAUGAAAUGCAAGUUUUAGAAAAAGAAGUUGAGAAGAGAGACAGUGAUAUUCAGCAACUACAAAAACAGCUAAAGGAAGCUGAACAGAUACUCGCAACAGCUGUAUACCAAGCAAAAGAAAAGCUGAAAUCAAUAGAAAAGGCAAGAAAAGGCGCCAUCUCCUCGGAAGAGAUCAUUAAGUACGCGCACAGGAUCAGUGCGAGCAACGCGGUGUGCGCCCCGCUGACCUGGGUGCCCGGGGACCCACGGAGACCGUACCCAACUGACCUAGAGAUGAGAAGCGGGUUGUUGGGUCAGAUGAACAACCCGUCCACGAACGGUGUGAAUGGCCACCUGCCCGGGGACGCACUGGCCGCCGGCCGGUUGCCAGAUGUCCUGGCUCCCCAGUAUCCCUGGCAGUCGGGUGACAUGGCAAUGAACAUGCUGCCACCAAACCACAGCAACGACUUUCUGUUGGAACCUCCGGGGCACAACAAAGAGAACGAGGACGACGUGGAGGUGAUGUCCACAGACUCCUCCAGCAGCAGCAGCGACUCCGACUGAAAGGCCUCGGAGCGGAGCGCUCUAGAAGCGUCUCCCGGCCUGCAGCACGCGCCGGGCCGUGCUGGCUGUGUCGGCAUCGUGCCCCCGGUCACAGUCACAGUGGGCCUUCUUUUUAAAGGCAGAAACGUCACGAUUUUCGUUCUAAACCAUUUGGUGACUGUUAGAGGAUAAUCGAAAUUUCCUGUCAGGGCAAGAAGGAUUGUUCAGUUCAGGGCCGUCUUACCCUGCUCUGUUCCGGUUGUGUUGGACCUGCGCAGAGGCUCCGGGUGUAGGGUUUGAGGGAGCCGACCCACGUACACACCCUAAUAGGCCUCCUGGGGCAUUUAGGAAAGAUUUAGAAAAGGCAGCAGAUCACAGAAUGUGCAUCACAUUAAGACAGCGAAAGCCCCCAUUGAACGUGGAGGCUGCGCCCUGGCCGGGGGCGCGGCUGGUGAGCGUGUCGCCAGGAUGCACCAGGGCUGUGGGUCCGCCCCCUCAGGGCGCAGGCGACACUCAGCCGCUGAGGGCACCAGUGAGUGUCCGACAGG